AUGGACACGGCCGUCCUCGAGUAUGCGGUCGACGAGGAGGCAGGAGUCCUCGACAUCCAGCACACGCGCACGCCGCCCGAGAUGCGCGGGCAGGGCGUGGCCGAGAAGCUGUGCGAUGCGGCCUUUGAGCACGCUCGCGGCGCGUCGCUCCGUGUCCUGCCCUCGUGCUCGUAUGUGAGCGACCGCUAUCUGCCCAAGCAC